UUUGGUGUGGAGGGCUUUCCUUCCCGAGUCCCUUCCUCGUCCUUGGCUUAUGGGAUGGGCGUGGGCCGGCAGAGUUCCGAUUAGUUCGGAACCUCCAGAAAGUGAUUUGUUUACAUGUCGCCUCAUCCUAGCUUGAGAGGGGCCGCUCAGCAGAGAGAACGGCGGCGGGCUCACCCAAUAGCAGCAAUGUUUGGGAUUAGAUGGACCAAUGUGAUUAGGAGAGGGGCGGGUGUAAGUGACAACGGGUUAGGUUGUGCUUCAGUGCGGUUUGGUGGGGCGGCCAUGUUGAAUGGGAGGCGUGUUAGUGGGUUAGGGGAUUUACAGGGUCCAAGUACCAGGGGAGUAUAAAUAAAUAAGCUGGAAUUCAGGGGCUUAAGAUGUUGCUGAGAGCCAAGAAGGCGGACUGUAUACAUACCCCGUAGAGCAAGUAGGCACUGGACAGAGCAGCCUUUUGGUAACUUAGAGGAGCUACUUCUGCUUAGUUCUACUUUUACUGCAGUGACAAAAGUCAUGCCAAUUCUGUUGCUGCUCUCAGUGUGAAGGCGUAUGGGAAUUCUGAGCUAGAAGCAGGCAGGAUCAGGCUUAGGUUGAGUUAAUUCAAAGCUUCCUUGUCUGGGUUUAGAGUGCACAUUCCAAUAGUGUCAGUUUCCUAAUACCUGUCUGUAAUAUCUCUGGAUUAGGCACAGUUUCUUCUCACAUAAAAAUGUUUAGGAUUCACACCACUUGAAAAAAAAUCUGUGUAAUUUCUAAUAUUUGGAACAUGGUAGGACUGCUUUCUGUUUACAAACUGUCUUGCCAGAAUAGUUGCAGUUGCAUCUCUUUAGGUUCUGCCUCAGCUUUGCAUCUCUCUUUGUAAUUGAUUGCUUGUUUGGGGGGGGGGGGUCUGUCUUAGUUUGUCAAAAUUCAGUGCGGUGGUGUCUUGUGAAGGAGUUCUGCCUGCAGAUAAAGAUGAAUGCAGGCAGCUCAUUGAGCAAUGUGACUGCAUGUAUAUUCUGUUCAUCAUUAGAGGCUGUUUAUACAUCCCACAACUUCAAGAAAUUAAAUUGAUGGAUACUUCGAAUAGAGCUGUUUCUGUAACAGAACCUUACUGUGGAUCUCUCCUGAGGAAGCCAACCUCACUUCCCUCUGUGUUUCAGACAGACAGUAAAGAAGGUUUUGUUUCAGUGAUACUUGAUGUGUUAUAUUGUGGUUGAACUUUUCUUUUAACUAUAGUGCUUGGAUUUUAUUUCUGGUUGCCCUCUGUGAAAUUCUUGGUGGUGGUGGUUGCUGGACUCCUGUGAGACAGAAAGAAUGAUUCAUAAAUAUAUUAAACAUUGUGGACAGAGUACUAUUUCCAUAAUAACACAAUUCCCUUUCCCUCCAGUAUGAUCUAUCUCUAUACAUGGUUUUUGUUUGCUUUUGGUUCUCUCCAGUUUUGAAAGUUUAUUGCUUAAAGAAGUAAGGUGAGUUUACUCAGCUAUAAGCCAUGUCGUGACUUUAACAACAUGUUGAUUAAAAACACACACAACAUCAUACAAGGAAAACUGUUCACCUUUUCUAUUGUUACCAAACACAUAACCUAAGGACAAAAUAGAACUAAUAUAGCCCAAAAGAGCAUUAUAUUGUUGUAUAUUUAUUGCUAUAGUUUUCAGUGUGUUCACAAUGCUACAGUGAUUUUCAAGAUAUUAAGUAGAGAAGCUCAUGCUUCUUCCAUUUAAGCACUUUAGCGUUCUUUUGUACUAAUGUGGAUUGACUACCCACUCUUCAGCCCCUUGGAACCAGUACAAAGCAAAAGACACUUCUUCAGUGUUAUCGCAUGGGUUAUCACAUGGGUAACCUCAGAUUCUCUGCACGGGUCUUUUGGUUUCUGUGGGUUCCCUUUUGAUAGAUUUAUCUCCUAGCCUUCCUACCCAGCACACACCACAGCCUUUCAAACGAACUGUGUCCUCAUAUAUUUGAGGAGGUCCAAGUGGUUUAUUUACUUAUAGGAUUAUCUUUGACAGGGUCUGAGAGCUGUCGCUUAUGCUAAGCAAUAUUUUAGGAGCUACUGCUUUGGUCCUCAUAUCUUCCCCUCUGUCAUAGUUGCAUGUACAGCUGCAGUUCCUAAAUCAUGAACAAGGUCAAAUACUUUGUUUAUACUGACGAAUUUCUCAUUGCUUGGUUCCUUCCUUUCAUUCCUAGAUGCCUUCAUAUUUUCCUCUUUUUUCCCUGCUAUAUUAUUAUCCUUUCAAAUUGAUCACUUGGUGGAGUCUAGUAACAUGUUAUUUAGUAAUUUAUUUUGAGAAUUCUCAUGUUGUUACAUUAAAAUAACUUAUAAUCUGCAUUCUCUCUCACAGAAGCAACAUGAGUAAUAGAAGUUACAUGCCUUUAAUUUAGGGUAGUCUUGUGAUUAUUGGCCUAUUGUUAACAUCAAACAAAUUGAGGAUUCUAGUAAUACAAGAAUCUGGAACUUGUGAUCCACAAAUGCAGACAUUGUCAUGAAUUGUGGCCUGCUAUGUUCUUCUCUUUCACAUGCAUGCCUGCACACAUGCAGCCACACAGCUAGCAGGCUGCAUGAGACUGAGUCAUAAGUCGUUCAGAUCUGUAUUAGUGUUUUCAGCACAAAAUAGGAUAAGACCUAUUAGGGAUUCAAUUGAAAAACAUUGGAUAUUCUGGUCAAGUCAAAGAACUCCAUUCUCUCAAUCUCAUUGUUUUUGUCUGAUAAAGGAAUGCAGGAUUUAGCCUCUGCUGCUCCUAGUACCUAAUGUCCUAGUUGCAGAGAUGUGAAUUAUUUUAACUAGAAGUAAUGCUGUGCAGGAUGUAGGCUUUAACUAUGCAUAGCCUAACCCUUAAAAGAAGCUCAUUGAUUCUGAAAAUAUUGGUGCAUUCUCUUGCUUCAUCUUUUCCUGCCUUUCACAUGAGGGUGCAUUGAAAGCACAUAUGAAUGAUCCUUCUCCUAUAUCAUGUUCAUCCCAAUUGAUACUGUUCCGUUCUAUUCAGAAUUGCUAUGUAGACAUAGCUAUUAAAUUAUACUAGUACAAUACCCUGGACUUCAGACAGCAGAAAUCUUGAACAAAAUUCACUUUCUUAUUCUAAAAUACGUGUUAAUUUACAAAGUUGGGGGGGAUGUAAAAGUCCUGAAUUUCCCCAAGCAAAAUCUCAAUAUGUUCACUUUUCCCAAAUUCAUUAGCACAAAGAAUCUCAAUAUGGUCCAAGGCCCCUUUAUCAACUGAGGCAGAGAGAUUGUUUAGACAAUGUUGUUCAUAGACUAUUGGAAUUCUCACCAUUAGUUAUAAACCCUUAAACCUGGAACCCAACAAACUGGAAGUCUAGAGAGGGAGAGGAAGUUGCAGUGGACCAUGACUAGAACUAGGCAAUUUAGUACCUUACAAAUAUUUUGGACUACACUUCCCAUAAACUGCAGCCAGCAUGGCCAGUGAUUACAGGAAUUUUAUCCCAAAACAUCCAGAGGGCACCAGGUUUCCUACCCCUGCUAUAGACCAUAGUGUACCCAUCCUUUGAUGGGUUGUGGUGCACUAUGCCCAUUCAUCCAAGCUUGUCCAUCCAGGUCAAAGCAGACUCCUCACCCAUAGUAUAAUGAAUGAAGGAGAUUUUAUUAAGCAUUAAGUAGUAACACUCUUGGGUUCAAAUACAAAUUGUGAAUUACUAUGGUUUGGAAAAGGACUUCCCUGCACCUACUGCGCAUGUCAUAUUUCCAUUUAACAGUAACAGUUGAAAUGAAGGCACCCCAUCUCCCCCACAUUGAUAGUUUCAAAGCUUCCUGCUUGCGUCAUUACCAAACCAGCAGCAGUAAACAAAAUCAACAGCAGUUAAAAAUGCAAGAUAAAAAGUAGCACCUUAUAAAUAUUUAGUAGCAAGGUUAGAGUGCAAACUAAAAAUAAUCUGAUUAAUUCAAUAUUCCCUGCUUCUAAAUUUAUUUUAUACUAGAAGGAUGCACUGGAUUACCCUUCAUCUCUAUUUCUAAAUCACACAUCCAUCAGUUUUGUAAUUAUUAGUGGUUUUCCUUUCUCUUUUGGAUUUCAUGCACUUUAGAAGAAACAGUAAGUGUUUCCUGUCAGAGUGUGGAUGAAUUGCUCUGUUUCCAUAGUUUUAUUUUUACAGCAGCUCUACUGUUCAAAGUAUUACACAGUAAUUUUCACUGCUGCUGAGCAAACACACGGUGUUUUCACUAAAUGGACUUUCCCAGACUGUAAUUGGCCAACAAAAGCUGUUUGUAUUUAUGAAUGCUUUAAAGAAUACAUUUGAACAUGCAGCUUUGCUUCACAUCUGUUCUUAGAGAUACUGAUGAGAUUGUCUUUUACUGAAAGUGAUCUUCAUACAUUGCUCUUUCACCUUGGGCCAUGAAGGAUUUAUUAAGCUCUUGGGCCUGGAAGCAAACUGGAACUAGCUGGAUACAUUCCAGCCAUCCAGUUUCAGUUAAAAGAUGUAUUUGUAGCACUCUGUAUUUUAAAGAAAAUUCACAGUAAGUUGAUUGGAUGAGAAAAUGGCUUCUUUUAUUGGCUGUUGGCUAAGUAAAGCAUAAAAUUACAUGGAAGGAAUAAAUGUCAAAAUAGAGGGAAAUAAGUAGGAGAGGUAGAGGGUUAAAAAUCUUUAUUGAUAGGUAUGUGUGACAAUUAUUCACAUGUAAUUUUGAAGUGUAGGGAGUUAACAAUGUUUAUUAGCAAAGUGUAGUUAAAAUAUUCCAAACAGGAUGAAGAAUUCUAAAAGGCUUUCUCGCAGGGUGGAUUUGAUUUACAUUACAUUGAUUUAAAUCACUAGUCAAUAAGAUUAGAUUUAAAUCAUGGUUUUCUAUUUGCACGCAUUCCUGCCUUACCUGUAAGUAGAGGAACUUCAUUAAAAUAUUCCCUGUCUCUCUUUUAUGGCCUGCUGCCCUUAUAGGUUUUCUUCUCCAAGGAAAGAAUAAUAUGACAAACCUCAGGCCAUGCACCACAAAGAUCUGAAGACUUGCGGAGCAUUCUGCCCAAAAGAAAGUCCCCAGAGAAAGAAAAGUUCCAUGUAGUCAAAGUGAAGCUUUUUCUAGAAAAAAUCUGUAACGCCGCAUUGCAUGAAUUACAUGCUGCCUACUGACCCUGAGGAAAAGCUGGAACAGAAUUUGCAAGGAAAGAAAAGAAAAAAAUUGGACUUGGACUUGGAGGAUCUAGGCCUGGAAAUGCCUCAGCCUAGUGUGAGUGGAAUGGACCCUCCUUUUGGGGAUGCCUUUCGAAGCCACAUGUUUUCAGAACAGACUCUGAUGAGCACAGAUCUCUUAGCAAACAGUUCUGAUCCAGAUUUCAUGUACGAAUUGGACAGAGGAAUGGAUUACCAGCAGAGUUCCAGGGACAACCUCCUUUCUGUAGAGGACUGUAAAGAUCUUGAGAACUUGGAAUCUUUUACAGACAUUCUAGAUACUGAAAUGACUUUCCCUGGAAACUGGGAGCAGUGGGACACUUACUGUGAAGAUUUGACAAAGUAUACCAAAUUAACCAGCUGUGACAUUUGGGGAACAAAAGAGGUGGACUAUUUGGGUCUUGAUGAUUUUUCAAGCCCAUACCAGGAUGAAGAAGUGAUAAGUAAAACUCCAACUUUGGCUCAGCUCAACAGUGAAGAUUCUCAGCCUGUCUCAGAUCCACUGUGCUACCCAGAAUUGCUGUUCAGUGUAAAACAAACCCAGUUAUCUUCUCUGCCAACAAAGAAAAUCGCAACCAGAGCUGCAGCCCCUGUUUGUUCAUCGAAGACCACUCAGGCUGAAGUACCUUUGUCAGAAUUUGUCCAAAAAGCAAGCAAGCCCAAUUCAAGCACACAAAUCAUGGUAAAGACCAAUGUGUACAGUAAUGAGAAGGUGAACAUUCAUGUUGAAUGCAAAGAUUAUGUUAAAAAGGCAAAAGUAAAGGUAAAUCCGGUACACCAGAGCAGGUCUGCUAUGAGCCAGGCAAACGCUGAUGCUGCAAAGGAAAACACUUGUUACUGUGGAGCUGUAGCAAAGAAGCAAGAGAGGAAAGGGAAUGACUCCCUUCAGACUCACAGUGCUCCAGUAUUGCCUUUUAAAGAGACCCAGGCGCUGCUUCUUACCCCACCCCAGGAAAGUCCAGGACUAAUCACUGAAGAGAGCAGCCUUUCCGCCAGCACCUCUGUUUCAGAUCCUUCACAGAAAAAAGAAGAACACAACUACUCUCUCUUUGUCACUGAUGGUUUGGGGGAGCAGGCAGGCAAAGCUGAUCCUGGUGAGGAUGAAGAUGAUGAGGAAGAGGUGGAGGAUGAAGAUCAUGAUGAAGGUUUUGGGAGUGAGCAUGAGCUAUCUGAAAAUGAUGAGGAGGAAGAGGAUUAUGAGGAUGACAAAGAUGAUGACAUCAGUGAUACUUUCUCUGAACCAGGAUAUGAAAAUGAUUCUGUAGAGGAUUUGAAAGAAAUGACUGCAAUAUCUUGUCGAAAAAGAGGCAAGCGAAGAUACUUCUGGGAAUAUAGUGAGCAGCUGACCCCAUCACAGCAGGAGAGGAUGUUGAGGCCUUCAGAAUGGAAUCGAGAUACAUUACCAAGUAACAUGUAUCAGAAGAAUGGCUUACAUCAUGGGAAAUAUGCUGUGAAGAAAUCACGGAGGACUGAUGUAGAAGAUCUGACACCGAACCCUAAAAAGUUACUUCAGAUUGGGAAUGAACUGAGGAAGCUCAAUAAAGUGAUCAGUGAUUUGACUCCCGUCAGUGAACUUCCCUUAACAGCUCGACCAAGGUCAAGGAAAGAAAAAAACAAGCUAGCUUCCAGGGCUUGUCGACUAAAAAAGAAAGCCCAAUAUGAAGCCAAUAAAGUGAAACUUUGGGGCCUCAAUACUGAAUAUGAUAACUUGCUGUUUGUGAUCAACUCUAUCAAACAAGAAAUUGUGACUAGAGUACAGAGUCCUAAAGAUGACAGAGUAAGCAAUAUGAGUCAGAAGCUUGAUGUUCUUAUUAAAGAUACUCUAGGGGCACCAGUAUCUGGACAGACAUCAGAAUUUGUGAACCAGGUCUUAGAAAAAACAGCAGAAGGAGAUCCUACAGGAGGCCUUGUAGGGUUGCGAAUACCAACAUCAAAAAUUUAGUAGACAUUUUAUCCAUUCACAUUGGUCAGAGCUCUGCCUGUGUCAUGUACUACAUUGUAAAACUAAUUCUGGUCUGCAUGUGAGUUUAGCGUUAUAUAAAACACAGUUUUAAGAUCCAUCUUUUUUCCUUUUUAUAACAAUGUAGUAAGAUAAGUGGAAGCAUGCUAUAAAAUGCUUAAUGGCAUUUUGGAGCAUAAACCUUGUAGUUUUAAAUCUGCUUCUGGCAUAAAUGUGGUGGCUACGUAUUCUUUUUAAAAUUAAGUUUAUCUAGGACCAGAUGAUAUAGCUUACGUAGGAGCAAAACAUGUUUUUGCAAAGUAAACAUCUAGCAAAAUGUCAAACAUUAUGGCAGGUUUAUGCUCUUAAGUAAAAUAAAAAUGUAAACUAAAGGGUUUUUCAAGAAUUAUUGCUCUUUUGUUCUAAAUUAAACAGUUAAGUUUUCUUUGCAACCAUAACUUGUACAUAGCACACUCGGCACGAAAGCUAGUGUGCCAUAUAAAAAAUAUAAUUUUCUGAGCUUGAUACGGUAUUUAAAUGUCUGUGCAAGUAAGAAAAAAAUGUAUACUCUUUGUGCCUUGUAUGGGGGGAGGGAGGGUGGGGAGAAGUGUAAGUAAAAUGGUAAAGACUUUGAUGAGAAACCCUUGUGGGGGAGAAGAUGUAUAGAUGGUCUCAUGGAUUUUAAUGUAUUUGUUCCAGCUCUUACAAAUUUUUGAAUGUAUAUAGGAAUAUGUUGAAAAUGUAGAUAUGCCACAGAGUCUAUGUAUUGUAUAAAAGAUGGCUCUAGAAAACUCAUUUUCGGUACUUGGCCGGAAGAAAACAAAUACUUGCACAUUAAUGCGAUUGUUUAUUUUUGUACCAAAGACAAAUGCAACUGAUAUGGCAAACUGCCAGUUUAAGUAAAGUUUUGCACAGCUUACAUGAUACUGUACUGAAUGUAUAAAAAGAAAAAAAAACUUAAGAGGUCAGGGUUAGGGAUCUUACUGAACUGUGAAUUUCUUUCUUUCUCUUUGGGUCCAAUUAUCUACAGAAGGAGCAUUCAUACAUAACUAUUAUUUUGCUGUUCCUCUAGUUCGCUUCAUAGUAGAUAAGUUGCCCAUCUAGAAGUCUGUAAAUCCUUUUUUUUCUGCACUUAUAUUAGAAGUUAUAAUAUAUUUGGAUUUUAGUAAGCUAUUGGUAAAAUAGAUUUCAUUUUUGGGAAUUAAAGAUUUAGCUUGUAGUAUACUUCCACCAAACAACCAAAAUAAAAUUAUUUUUAUUGUAAUGUGUAUAUAUGUAAAGAAAAAAGAGCUACAAAUCUAAUUCCUUAGUUGCCACUUUUCCAGUUGUUGUAUUAUUGUGCAUGUGAUGUUUCCAAGGAUCAACACAGGCUAAAAAAAGAAUUUAUAGAUUUUAUAUUUUUGUACAGAUAUUUCAACUAGCUUCAAACUUCUAUGUGACUUGUUAACUUGUAGUUUCUAUGAUUGGGGGAAUACAAAUGUGUGCAGUUUGGCUCACAAGAGUCUGCUUCUGGUCAGUGUUAAAGUACCAAUGAAAAGCUUUAUCUCUUGAUGAGAGAGUUAUGUGUAGACAGAAUCAUUAUCUGGUUUCAUGAAUGCAUUUCCUCCCAUUUGUUUGAUACAGAGUUGACUACAUAACACUGUUUACUAAGAAUACCAAAUAAUUCAGAUGUAGCUCCAUGCAAAGUCAAAAAGCUUAUGAAUCCUCACCAUCCCCUUCUUUGCAUACAUCUUGUAGUGUGAUUCUUUCCUUCUCAAUGGAGGCUUUGAAUCUCCUACAUUGCUUCAGUGUGCAAGCCAUGUGCUUUAAAAAAAAAAAAAAUUGAAAGAUGGGGGAAGGCCAGCAUACCACUACAGAAUUGUUCCACCCCACAGCCUUCUUUCCCCCACCCCACUGCUGCUUCUUGCUACCUUUUUAUUAAAUAUUGUCUGAAACAUUUGCAAAACAUCAGCAGAGACUUGCAUGUCAUGAUGGAGUAACAAUUGUUUAAAAAUAUAAGUGGUGUGUCUACAAGCCUGAAAUGCCACUGGUGUAUCAGAGGUCUGUCUGCCUGAACUGUAGCUGCACAACUGUGUCUAAGUAUUUUACAUACACCUAUUUUGCUAUGUUGAAAUAGUGUUGAUUUUCAUUGGUGAAUGGUGUUUAAAUACUGUUCAUGCUAAGAUCCUAACACUGGAUCAGCAUGGAACGGACGUGAUACAGCUACAAUCUGAUACAGCUGUUUUGUAAUCAGGAUUUGUAUGGCAAGGUAAACUGACAGUAAGAGGAUAUUCCUUUUCCGAUUUCUCUGAGCUGAUAACUGCUUUCCAGUGCUUUUGUGCAUGUCUGAAAACCAGAAUAUGAUUUUGAUCUAGCAUUUAAAAAAAUACUUUGAAUCUUUUUAGUGGAUUCCAUACCCUUGCAUUUCAGUGUUUUCUAUGUAUUAAGUUAUAGUCAAAAAAGCUUUUACAUAGCUGAGCUUUUUAAUGGUGACACUUUAUUUUGUAUUCUAUUUAUAUAUGUAUGUAUAUCUUAGAAAAGCACUUUGUUUAAAAAAGAAAAAAAAGAUAUUGCAUUUUAUAUGAUUCCUGCCAUUUGCUGCUAACUCUGGGCUGGUCAGAAUGCUGCAGCGAUACUUGAUCUAAAUAAAACCUGGCAGUAAAAUGUAGAGUAAAGUUAAGACCUUUGCUGGUUUAACCUUAUUGUAAAGAUGACAUAGGCAAGCUGUGCAGCUUUACAUUUUAACCAGGGGACUCUGUGGCAUUUAAAACAGUCUAGAAAUGGUUGUACUUUUAAUGCCAGUAACAAUCUGCUUCCUCUAGUGUCAUUAAAUAUAUGUUUAGUGUAUAAUUAUCACAAAGAUUUUUAAAAAACCAAAUGUUCAUGUUUUGUUUGGGAAACUUGUGGCAUGCAUUUUUGGAUGAUUAUCUUUAGAGGAGCUCUCUAAAGGUUUUCAGUGUUGAUACAUGGUAUGUGGAUCUUAUUGAAGUCUUUGGUCACUUUCUGAGUGUAGGCAUUGUGAAUAUUCUAAUGUCAUCCAAAAACAAUUAUAUACUUUAUUUUUAAAAAAGAAGUUCUAAACUCUUUCAUACACUGGAUACUUUAGAGUUUGUUUCCAUAUUAAAGCAUGCUCUUGCUAAAAAAAAUGUCAGUCUGAAAUUGAGUGCCACACUUCUAUUUUUGAAUGGAUAUGAUGAACUAUUUGCUCUAUACCAUGUUCUAGUCUUUUUCCCAUUUUUUCCAUUGACAGAUUAUGACGUGGCUUUAUAUUGUGCCUUACUUGUAUAUUAGAACCAAGUUUAUUUUUCAUUCCCCUGGACUCCUUAAACCCUUGAACCCUUUUUGGAAGCAAACUACAAUAAAAGCAUCAUGAAGGAACUUCAAAUAGAUCUGAUUUAAAGUUAUAUUGAUAGUUUGUACUGGCAUAGGGUGACCAAUUUUUCAGUGGACUUGGAGGAUAGGAUUUUUAAAUAAUUCCACUACAUCUCUUACAAAAACUUCUCUGCCUUUUCUUGAAUUUAUCAAGCACAUCUUGAUAUUUAACUUUUUGGGGCUCAUUAGUACUAGUCUUUUGGCUAGUCAAGGACUGGCUCUUUCCACUCUGCUUUGCCAUCAAUGCAAACAGUGACAUUGUUGUAGGAAUAUUGGGCACAGAUAUACCAAGUUUGGUCAGUAAUUUCUUUUUCAUUGUAGACUGAAAUGUACUAGGAAAGAGCAAAAAAACCAAGAAACUUUCUAUAAAGGUCUCUUGAAUAAUCUUAAAGCAACAGACAUUUCUCAAAUACCGUACUGUCAGUGUGGGUUUCACUUAACUCUGUACCAUUUUUCUGAUGUUUGCCUUCAUUAAUAAAUCUGCUUGUUUAUUCACAAAUGUCAAUAACUGAUGUAUUGUUUCUCUUAUGUAAGUCUUUUAAAUAUGGCUAGUUUUAAAAUGGUAAUAGCCUCCUUACCUGUUUUUAAUGGGUUUUCUUAAAAGUUGCCUUCAGCAAAAAAUAGCAUAGCUAGUCUGUUUCUUGACUUAUUUAGCAGUCUUCCUGGAAUUCUGUUGAGACAUAGUCAAAGUACAUAAUAUAGUAGUUCAGGCCUUCAGACCUAAAUUUCACACAACAGAUCAUGAUUUCCUUUCUUUUUAAGAUAAGGCAUUAGCUGUAGAAUUGCCUAGUUUAGUCUGCUACCAACUGGAAGCCUACCUUCUGUGUAGCAGUGCAAUUUAACGCUGCACAGCAGUGCAAUUUUUAAUCAUAUUUUUACCUAAGGGAUUAUGGAAAGUACACUUCAGUCAGUUACUAAUCCAAACACUGAUUCUUUCCUUUUAAAAAUUGUGUUUAAGGGUAUUACCACAGUGAGAACAACACUUAGAGAUACUUCCAGUAUGGAAUGCUUUAUCGAUAUUGCAGAGCAGCCACUUCCACAUAUAUUUCUUUCAUGGAAUUCUAAACUUGAUUGGAUACCAUUGAAUUCAAUCCUCAGUCUCUUUACUUUUCCCCAACUGAUUUAGCAUGAUAAAAAUGUGCAAAGUAAAGCUCAGCCUCUAAGAUGUUCACAGACUUUCACAACAGCAUAUUGAUCAUGCCUGCCCCCCACCCCCAUUCUAAACAUGCUUUUUUGGAAACUAGCCCCAUUUUAUGUGGAAAAAACAUAAUUCUGUCUUAAAUGUACUUAGGAUUGUAGCCUUGGUCUUGUUGCCCUUUUUGAAAGCAGAAUGCUUAACCCCAAAACAGCAGACCUAGAUGAAAAGAACAAAAUGUCUUGGAAGAUCAGACCAAGGGUUUGCUUAGUCUGUCAUUGCCUUCAGCAGCCAACCAGGUGCUUCUGUUAGUGUAAGUGAUGGGUAAACCCUGAUUAUCCUAGUGUUUUAAACAGCACCUGAACACAGAAGUUCCAGUUAGUUGCACUAGCUAAUGUCCAGAAUAGGUCAGCAACAACAAAGUAUUUCCUUCAAGCAAGAAGAUACUUGUAGUUGAUUUGCUAAACAAAUUUUACUUUAUUAAUAUGUACAGACCAUGAGUUGAGUGCAUGCUUAGAACAGACACACUGAAAUCACAUUGAGUUCAGUGGGUCUACUUCAACCCCAUGUGCUAGCUACAUUUAAGUAUGAAAGACCAAGAAGAACUCAAAUUUGGUUUGAUUUUUAGCUACUCAUGUCACAAUCUUCUAUUCUAGAGAAUAAUAUAAUGUUCAUUCAUUGUUCAUCCAUACGCUGGUGGAAGUCUGCUGGCAGAAUAGAAAUUCCUCCUCUUCCUACUCCUGGCAGUUCUCCAUGCAGCCUCAAAAUCUGUUGUAGAGGAUUUCUUAGUCCUUUGGAAUAGACUUUGAUAUCACCUGGGGGCGGGAGGAGAGGAGCCACCCUCCUGGUCCCACUGAUGGAAGCAGUUCUGUCAGCAGAAUUACAGCAUUGGAUCUAACACUGGGUUGCCACUUUUUUGUUCUGUUUUAAGCAUACUGACAAGCUUUUUAUUCACUCAAGGUAACAAACUAAGGCUGCAAUCCUAAGCAAACUUACCUGGAAGUAGGUGCCACUGAAUCAAUGGCACAUGCUCCCAAGCAGAUGGCUUUAAGAUUUGGGUAUAAGGCUAGUGGCACAUGCAAAAACAGCAAAGCUUCUGAAAAAUGAAAAAGGUAUAUUAACAAAUCUGGUGACCUUCCAAUGCUUGGGAUCAUGUUUGUAGUGCUGUUAAUGUUCUGUAGUCCAUUUCCAACUGGAUCUCAGACAAAUGUGUUGAAGGUCUUGUCUCUGUUUAGAAAAUUUUAUCCUGUUAAAAGCAUGAUCUGUUUGCAACUUUUAUAAUGUUUAAUGUUGUGUAAUUUUUCCUUUUUUAAAAAGAGGCACAAUUAAAAUAUUGAUUUGUUUACUCUGUCACCCUUGAGCCCUAGCACUUCUAUUCAGAUACAAACUCAUCAAUGUAUGCAACAUCCUUUGUAAUUGAAAAUAAAUUGUGAAGAGAAGUUCUGACAUCA